UAAUCAGCUCGCACUAACUCACACUUCCCCUUGGUUAUCAUUAGUUGGAGAAAUUAAUGAGAAUGGGUUCGUCUAGCUGCCGCCGCCUCCUCUUCCUCUUCGCUCUCCUCUCCUCCUCCUCCCUAGCCUUCUCCGGUGAAGAGGAGCCCGGCCUCGUGAUGAACUUCUACAGGGACUCGUGCCCUCAGGCUGAGGACAUAAUCAGAGAGCAGGUCAAAUUGCUCUACAAGAGGCACAAGAACACCGCAUUCUCCUGGCUGCGGAACAUCUUCCACGAUUGCGCCGUGGAGUCGUGUGACGCGUCACUCCUGCUCGACUCAACGAGGAGGUCGCUCUCAGAGAAGGAGACCGACAGGAGCUUCGGGCUGAGGAAUUUUAGGUACUUGGAUACAAUUAAGGAGGCCGUGGAGCGGGAGUGCCCUGAGGUUGUGUCUUGCUCCGACAUUUUGGUGCUCUCAGCUAGAGAGGGCAUCGUUGCGCUUGGUGGGCCCCACAUUCCUCUAAAGACAGGGAGGAGGGAUGGGAGGAGGAGCAGGGCGGAGGUGCUGGAGCAAUACCUCCCGGACCACAACGAGAGCAUGUCUGUGGUGUUGGCGAAGUUUGGUGCGAUGGGCAUCGACACCCCUGGGGUUGUGGCUCUCCUCGGAGCACACAGUGUAGGCAGAACCCACUGUGUCAAGCUAGUCCACCGUCUGUACCCGGAGGUCGACCCAGAGUUGAACCCAGACCACAUCCCCCACAUGCUCAAGAAAUGCCCGGACGCGAUCCCGGACCCCAAGGCCGUCCAAUACGUCCGGAACGACCGUGGGACACCCAUGAAGCUCGACAACAACUACUACAAUAACAUCCUCGACAACAAGGGUCUUCUCCUAGUAGAUCACCAGCUGGCUCACGACUCAAGGACCAGACCGUACGUUAAGAAGAUGGCCAAGAGCCAGGAUUAUUUUUUCAAGGAGUUUUCUCGUGCGAUCACGCUCUUGUCAGAGAACAAUCCGUUGACGGGAUCGAAGGGUGAGAUCAGGAAGCAGUGCAAUGUGGCUAACAAGCAUGAUUGAGCUAGGGUUUAGUGGCACUAUGAGAAUGUGAUCAAUAAUAAGGUGGUUCCCAGUCCACUUCUGUUAGGUGCUUGUUGCUUGGUUAUUUCUAGCUGAGUUGUGGGGGUUGGGGAGUGAGGUUGGUAAUGUAUGUAAUGGACGGUUGCGGUUGGGUGAGAGUAUUAGCUGAGUUGUGGGGGUUGGCCGGGGAAUGAGGUUGGUAAUGUAUGUAACGGACGGUAGCGGGUUGUGUCGACGUGGAAAUUAAUGAUUUGUCUCUGUUGCUUUUGUUGAUGCUUA